CUCUAAUGUGACAAAUCCACCAUUUUAUUUUAAUUUUAUCUCUUACUUUAAUCAUUUUAAGUAGCAUAGUAGUUUAAUUAAACAAAAAUAUAUAUAUACAAAAAAACAAAAAAUAUUUGAUGAUCCUCAUUUUCUCUCUCUUCCUUCUUUCUCUGUCAUUCUAAUUGCUACGUAUGGAAAUCACAAUCACCCCUCUUUUAUUUUGAAUUUUUCUGAAUUUGUUUUUAUUCUUUGCAAUCAUAAAUUCAUCAAAAUUUGAUCUUGAAAUUAAGGAAAAAGAGGAGAGAAAAGGUUAUUUUGCUUGAAGAAGAAUUUGCAUGUUGUGUUACAGACAACCUCAUCGGAGGAUGAGUGGUGAUACAAAUAUGGACUUCUUAAAGCUAGAUGAUUCUCCCAUGUUUAGGACCCAGCUUCAAUGUUUGGAAGAAAACGCUGAAUUGCUAAAGGAUCGAAGUUUAAAGUUUUACAAAGGAUGCCAUAAGUACACGGAAGGGCUUGGAGAGGGUUAUGAUGGAGAUGUUGGUUUUGCAAGCGCUCUUGAAACUUUUGCAGGAGGAAACAAUGAUCCUUUAGGUGUUUCUUUUGGAGGUCCUGUGAUGGCAAAAUUUACCAUCGCCUUAAGAGAGAUUGGUACGUACAAGGAAGUUCUUCGAUCGCAGGUGGAGAACCUAUUAAACGUUAAGCUGUUGCAAUUCGUCAAUGUCGACCUAUAUCAUGUCAAGGAAGCUCGAAAACGCUUUGACAAGGCGGCCGCUAUGUAUGAUCAGGCUCGUGAGAAGUUUUUGUCGCUUAAAAAAAGUGCCAGGAAGGAUACAGCUGCUAUCGUAGAAGAGGAACUUCACACUGCAAGAGCUCAAUAUGACCAAGCGCGUUUCAAUUUGGUUACUUCUCUUUCAAACGUGGAAGCGAAAAAACAUUAUGAGUUUUUGGAAGCUGUUAGCCGGUCGAUGGAUGCACAUCUUCAUUACUUUAAACAGGGUUAUGAAUUAUUGCAUCAGAUGGAGCCUUAUAUAAAGCAGAUUCUUGACUAUGCAGAGCAGUCAAAACAAAGUUCCAACAGUGAACUCACAUCCCUCAACGAAAAGAUGAAGGAGUACAAAAAGCAGAUAGAUCAGCAAAGUAGGCAAUCUGUAAAUGGCGAAUCUCCUACAGUGGAUUGUCCCCAACCUUUACCCAAAAGCACGGAUAAAACAAUUGAAGAAGUUAUGCAGUCUUCUACAAAUGGAAAGGUCCAAAUUAUUCGUCAAGGAUAUCUAUUUAAGCGCUCUACUAAUUUGAGGGCUGACUGGAAACGAAGGUUUUUUGUUCUUGACAGUCGUGGGAUGUUGUACUAUUACCGAAAGCCACGAAGCAAGGCAUCUAUGGCCACCAGCAAGCUUCCUGGUCCUCUUAAUAGUACUGUUGACCCUGGGUCAGUACUUGGUCGAUGGAUCCCUUCUCAUUACAAUACUCUUGCUGUUAGCGAUGAAAAGUCUGUGGCACGUCACACUGUCAAUCUGCUAACAUCAACAAUAAAGCCUGAUGCUGAGCAGUCAGAUAUGAGAUUUUGCUUCAGGAUCAUCUCGCCUGUGAAGACCUACACCUUGCAGGCUGAGAAUGCGGCAGAUCAAAUGGAAUGGAUUGAGAUGAUUAGAGGAGUAAUUGCUUCAUUAUUGAGUUCACAAGCCAUUGAAGGGCGUCCUUCAACUUGGGGGGAACAAAAGGAUCCAGCCAGUAUGACAGAUAGUGGUUCCUCUGUAUCUUCUACUGUCGAUUCAUCAGUCACUGAAGACGGCUCAUCAAAUAGCUUUGGACCCCGUAGUUUCCAGCAGCAAAGACAUAGCGUGAGAGGUGAAAAACCUAUUGAUCUGUUGAGGAAGGUAUCUGGUAAUGAGAAAUGUGCAGAUUGUGGUGCUCCUGGACCUGACUGGGCUUCUUUAAAUCUUGGCAUUCUCAUGUGCAUUGAAUGUUCUGGUGUCCAUCGGAAUCUUGGAGUUCAUAUAUCAAAGGUAAGGUCAUUAACGCUGGAUGUAAGAGUGUGGGAGCCUUCUGUUAUAUCUUUGUUUCAAUCCCUGGGUAACGUCCAUGCAAACUCAGUCUGGGAAGAAUUUAUGCAUGCCCGGAACUUUACUCAAUCAGAUGAACGACCAGUAAUUUUUCCAAAGUCUGAGCAACACAAACCAGCAUUUAUGAAAAAGCCUGCACCUAAUGAUCCUGUUGCAGUCAAAGAGUUGUUCAUUCAUGCUAAGUAUGAAGAAAAAGUUUUUGUUCGCAAGACAAAGGGAAAUCAGAACGUGUUCUCUGUUCCCCAACAGAUGUGGGAAAGUGUCCGUGCCAAUAAUAAAAAAGCAGUUUAUCGCCUCAUUGUAUGCUCUGAUGCAGAUGUCAAUGCCGUGCAUCGACUAACAUCAACUGCUAAGUCAUUUAUCAUGCCAAGAGCAAGAAAUUCAGAAGAGACCCCCCUUGUUCAUGACUCUGACAGAGGAAGAGCAAAAUCUGUGGAGAGGACUACCUCAAGAUCGUGGAGCUCACUAACUAAGGGAAAAGAUCCAUUUAGAGAAAAUUCUCUUGAUGGUUGUACUCUACUUCACCUUGCCUGUCAAUAUACUGAUGUUGGCAUGGUCGAACUGCUCCUACAGUAUGGCGCAAAUAUAAAUGCUGUUGACUCAAGAGGUCGAACACCACUUCAUCACUGCAUUACAGAACGGAAAAUCGAUAUAGCAAAAGUGCUUCUCACGAGUUACAGGGGAGCUAGCGGGAACACCAUGGACCAAGAAGGCAAAUCUGCAAUGCAGCUGGCUUUGGAUAUGGAAUUAAAUGAUACUGAGCUUUUGACACUCUUAAAAGAUAGCUGCACAUAGAAACCAACACCAAAGGAUCAAGGAAUCACAAUUCACAUGCAUACAAGGUAAUACUACCUUGGAUUACAUCAGGGUUUAAGAGAUGCGGCAAUUCGUAUCCUUCCCAGAAGCUCAUGCAAAAUAAUCAGGUCAUAUAUAUGUAUAUGUAUAUGUAUAUGUAUAUGUAUAUGUAUAUGUAUAUGUAUAUGUAUAUGUAUAUGUAUGUAUAUGUUCUCUUUGUGGACAGAUUUACCCUAGGUUCACAUAUAUUUACACAAUAUAUAAUAUCACAUAAAGUAAUAUAGAGAUGUCAUGCAUUAUAGCUUCUCCCAUUGUUCCUUUUUUUUUUCGUGUUUGCUUCUAAUUUCCCGGUAAUAACGGCGUUUUGUAAGUAAUAUUGUCUAUGAGAGGUAAAGUUUUGAAAUAUGUCACUCUUCUUUGGCAAGAUUUUGCUGUAAGAAAUGGGAUGUAGAGGAUUGGAUCUUGUCAAUAAACUUGUGAUGAUAGAUAAUUCUUUUAAUUGGUAGCUUGUAACAUCUAGUUAUAUUCAUUUGAUAUGCAAAGAGUUUCACUUAGUUAAUAAAUAUGGAAUAUUUGAUGAGUUA